ACGGAACGCUCCUGAUUGGUCAGUUAAAAUUAAUUCUCUUUUUACGAGGUCAUGUCUUCGUAUAAAAGUCUAAAUUCUUUUCCUUGGUGUGUUUUGUAUUAAAAUGGCGUCGCUACCACUUCGACUUGUUCUCUUGGUUUCCAUGGCGACGUUGAUACGUUCAAGUUCAUGGCUAAAUUUUACAGGGAAUUCAGAAACAAUCAGAGAACUGAUCCAGCCCCUAAAAUUAACAUGCACUUUUCAGAUUUCAAAAAAUGAUUCAGAGAAUGACUCACAAGUUCUGUUCAUGUCCAUUUAUCAUGAGACAAAGCGAGUGAUCGCCAGUAUUUCUAAAUAUCAACCUGUGGCUACAAGUCUGUACCCCAGUGUAACUAAAGUUCAAGGACAAAUCUACCACAGCAAUGAAUCUAAAGACUCUUAUCUUCAGGUUACCUGGACGCAUCCGAAACUAUCAGAGUCUGGGAAGUACUUCUGUCUAGCACAUGCCUGGAAUUCUACAAGCCAAAAUAGUGUGUUUGAUGCUGACAUUACAGUUAAUGUCACAAAAUCAAGUACAAAUGACCUCGCUGUAGCUCUGAGUUAUCUACAAGAUCGUUUAGAUAAAGAUGGUGUGGAUAGCAUUCAAAUAUCAAGAGCCAGUCCCACGCUACCAGAGUCUUGUCGUGACGUCAUCAGUUCCGAAGACCGCUUGGUGGUGACUCUAGCGUCAGGGUUAAAGGUCAUGUGUGACACCAAGACAGACGGCGGUGGAUGGAUCAUCUUUCAGAGGAGAAUCAACGGGAAUAUAGAUUUCUAUAGAGGCUGGAAGGAGUAUCGUGACGGCUUCGGAAGUUUCUCAAUUGGAGAAUUUUAUCUGGGGAAUGAAAAUAUUUUUAAGUUAACGUCUAGUAAGAAAUAUGAUUUAAGAAUUGAUUUAGAGUUUAACAACACCAAGUACUUCGCCUUGUACACGCGCUUUGAAAUAUUAGGUGAACAAGAUUAUUAUACGUUACAGAUAGGAGGCUAUUCUGGCAAUGCUGGAGAUAGUUUAACAACUUCUCAUAAUGACAAGUUCUUCUCCACUUAUGAUAAAGACAAUGACCUGUACACGUCAGGCAGUUGUGCUGUAGAUUACAAAGGAGCCUGGUGGUACAGAUCUUGUUAUGAUUCAAACCUAAAUGGUAAAUGGGGAAGUGAUAGGAUUAACUGGAGUAAAUUGACUGGAAUUACUAAGAGUGUUACGUUUACUGAAAUGAAAAUUAGAGAAAUAGAGCUAGACUAAAGUUAGAGAAAUAGAACUAGAUUAAAUGGAUAAACCCAGGCUUACGAAAAAUUCCUCUGUUUUCUUUUCCUUAAAUAAGAUAAAAAUUUCAUCAUGAAUUGUAACAUUAAGAGAAACGUGAAAAAAUU